AGUUGAGAGAGUGUUACUUUUGUACCUCACUCUGGCGAACAAAACAUUUCUACAUUUAUAUCAGCGAAAGCCUAAUCAUGGACACAGAUGGAAUGGUUAUCGAAGUUAUUGGGCUUCCAGACAUCGACCCAAAAAGCAUGAUUGACAGAUUAACCGUGCACUUUCUGAGGCGCAGUAACAAGGGUGGAGAUGUUUUAACAGUGAUUUAUCCAACCUCUACCAAAGACCAGGCGUAUGUAGUCUUUGAAUCAGCAGAAGUACCUGGAGUUUUGGAACACCGUCAUCUUUUGGAAGUGGAAGGUCAGUUUUACCCACUGGAUGUUAAAAGGGUACAUCGGCCUCAGCUGGACAUGCCAGUUGAAGCAUCCCUCAAUGUGAAUAUGUUCUCCAGACAGAGAGAAAUCCAAUAUCUUCUUGAAAGCAAUGGCUUUAAGGUGUCAGAGCCCAGAUCAGGUGAGCUGCAUUUGGAGGGCUCCUUUUUCAGACUUAAACUCAUCCAUUCAAAACUCAUGCAGCUUCUGGAUCAAGAAAGCCAUCUUAAGAGAAAAACACCUCUGCCUUACACUAAUAGCUACUCAAAUGGCUCUGUCUCCAAAUAUCACCCCAAUGAAUAUGAAUUCAUACAUAAAUCCAAAUUGAGACACAAUCAUGCCAAUGGCAACUCAAUGUAUGCUGGGGCCAGUAGCCCAUCUACAGCAAGAACCUCAAGAUCCCCAGAGUCUCCAAACAGUCUGCCACUGUUGCAGCCUGCCUCUCCACUGGCUGGAAGCUCAAGCUCAGGAGGCUCCUUUAGCAGUCCCUCCAGGUACAAUGAUGAAUCCAACGUAAUCUGGAAGAGCCCUUCUCCCAGGCAAACUGAGUUUUCUUUCUCUGUGGAACCAGAUGUGUUUAGAUACACAGUGUACUUUGAAAAAGAUGUUAUUAAAAAAAUUGAAUCCGAUCACAGCACUCAUAUUAAGCAUGAUGAUAAUUCAGAGGUUUUUAUUGUCAGAGUCUUGGGAGGGGACUGUAAGGAAGCAGGUAAGAAACUGUCUUACUUCAUGCAGGACAUCACCUCAUCUCUACGAACACAAGAAAUAGAGCUGAAUAAAUUUGGUAUUAGUCAGAAGAGACUAAUUGUUCGUGAAAUGCACAAGCUCAAAGACAUCUACAAAGUUUUGAUUUGGCUGGAACAGGAUGUUAUUAAAGUGGUGGGAUCAUCAAAAGACAGCUAUGAAGUGAAGCAAAAGCUUCUUGGAUGUGUGGUUGACAGUCCUGUGCCUAGCCAGUUGGCGAGGAACUCACAAUUGCGACGCAGCAACUCUUUACCAAGGCAGCAAACAAGGACUAAAACUGUGAAUGUUAGCUCAAGACGAAGUCCUGACACUGUGCUUCAGGAUGCUACUAGUAGUUCCUCCGCCUCACAGUCUCAGUCUGGGCGAGACUUACAACAGGAUAGAGGUCGUCAGUUGUCUAAACCCACUGCUCAACAUGGCAGGCCACGUAGCGCUUCUGAGUUCCGAAAUAAAAAUCAAAACAGAGUAGACAGACCGCUGCCAACCAAUGGUAAGAAGGAUUUUACACCCCCUAGUGGAGUCAAGACAUCUAAACAAAGCCCAGCACCUAAAAUUGUUCCUCCUUUGCAGAUCCCUGUUGUUGACAUAAAAUCAAAACUUCGCAAAAAUCAAAAGUCACAAAUUUCCCACGUAUGAAAUGACUGAAUCUUUAUUGUUAAACGCACUUAUAAUUUUGUCUUGGAGCUUUUUAAAUUUUGUUUUAGAAAAGGUUAAAUUGGUCUGACACAUUAUAAUCCUUGCACUUAACUCAACUUUAAGAGAAGUACGAGACUGUUUUACUACUGACAAUUUUAUUUGCUUUUUCACAACUAUUUAAACUCUACACUCUCCUGAGCACUUUGAAACAAUGACUGUGAUUAUUUUUGUAAUUAUUGUAUCACAUAUGUUAUAAAAUAGGAAAUCCAAAUAACUUCCAUUAUCUACAUUUUUGUAUUUGCUGUUGUUUACCUGUCGAAUAUAUUACUUUAGUGUUUACAGUGUAUGCUCAUUCUUUUUCUUCAUUGAUGAUUUGUCAAGACUCCCUCUCAUUACCAUAGAGACAGGUCUCCACUGAAUGAGGAAGUGCCUUUUUCUGCAUUCUACAGGAUGUGAGGCUGGUCCUGUGGUUGACUUAGGGUCAUAUUUAAACGUUAGCAUGAGAGAAAUACAUUAAUGUGGAUAGUGCUACUGUUUGUUCUUUUUGAUCUGACAAAUACUUAACAGAUUUAUUUUGUAUUCAUUGAGAAUACAUGUAGUAUUUCUGUAAGA